AUGAUGGCCUUCUUGCCAGGCAUCUCCUCUUUUGAGAGGUCUCAGCAGAUUCCCAGUGGCAUCUUCAACAACACUCAAGUCAUCAUUGGUGGCCACUCCCAAAUUGUGACCAUCAACAGGCAAUGGCGUGUGGCUGUCAUUGAGCAAAGGAGCUUCAGCGGGUCCUGGAAAACCAUCUGGAACUACAACACAGGUGUCAUUGCAACCAAAGUCAGGCAACAGAACGCCUGCUACAUUUCCAUCAUGAACAGAAAUGAGAUGCCUCGCUUUGAUAACCUGGCCCACCUGGCACAAGAGAGCAGGAACCUGAUCGGUGGUUUUGGAAGACCGAACAAGAGGAUCACCUUUGUCACCAAUGGAUUGGUCAGCAACCUCAACUCCUAUGGAAUAGACAUCACGGCUAUGUGCAGCGGACUCACCACCUACAUGGCUUACGAAGUUACCACUUUCCAAGGACCCCAGGUGACUCUGGGAUCUUGCAUUACCCUGGAUGUCCUGAGUGCUGUCGAGCUGAAGUACUGCAAUAGCAAUGGCAGUACUCAGCAGAUUCCCAGCGGCAUCUUCAAUCACACUCAGGUCAUCAUUGGUGGCCACUCCCAAAUUGUGACCAUCAACAGGCAAUGGCGUGUGGCCGUCAUUGAGCAAAGGAACAUCAGCGGGUCCUGGAAAACCAUCUGGAACUACAACACGGGUGUCAUUGCAACCAAAGUCAGGCAACAGAACGUCUGCUUCAUUUCCAUCAUGAACAGAAGCGAGAUGCCCCGCUUUGAUAACCUGGCCCGCCUGGCACAAGAGAGCAGGAACCUGAUUGGCAUUUUUGGAAGACACACCAAGAAGAUCACCUUUGUCACCAAUGGACUGGUCAACAACCUCUACUCCUAUGGAACUGAGAUUGCGGCUAUGUGCAGCGGAGUCACCACCUACAUGGCUACCGAAGUUCACACUUUCCAUGGCCCCCAGGUGAAUCUGGGAUCAUGCAUUACCCUGGAUGUCCUGAGAGUUGUCGAGCUGCAGUACUGCAGUAGCAAUGGCAACUGGAACAACCAUGGCAUCUUCAACAACACUCAAGUCAUCAUUGGUGGCCACUCCCAAAUUGUGACCAUCAACAGGCAAUGGCGUGUGGCUGUCAUUGAGCAAAGGAGCUUCAGCGGGUCCUGGAAAACCAUCUGGAACUACAACACGGGUGUCAUUGCAACCAAAGUCAGGCAACAGAACGCCUGCUACAUUUCCAUCAUGAACAGAAAUGAGAUGCCUCGCUUUGAUAACCUGGCCCACCUGGCACAAGAGAGCAGGAACCUGAUCGGUGGUUUUGGAAGACCGAACAAGAGGAUCACCUUUGUCACCAAUGGAUUGGUCAGCAACCUCAACUCCUAUGGAAUAGACAUCACGGCUAUGUGCAGCGGACUCACCACCUACAUGGCUUACGAAGUUACCACUUUCCAAGGACCCCAGGUGACUCUGGGAUCUUGCAUUACCCUGGAUGUCCUGAGUGCUGUCGAGCUGAAGUACUGCAAUAGCAAUGGCAGUACUCAGCAGAUUCCCAGCGGCAUCUUCAAUCACACUCAGGUCAUCAUUGGUGGCCACUCCCAAAUUGUGACCAUCAACAGGCAAUGGCGUGUGGCCGUCAUUGAGCAAAGGAACAUCAGCGGGUCCUGGAAAACCAUCUGGAACUACAACACGGGUGUCAUUGCAACCAAAGUCAGGCAACAGAACGUCUGCUUCAUUUCCAUCAUGAACAGAAGCGAGAUGCCCCGCUUUGAUAACCUGGCCCGCCUGGCACAAGAGAGCAGGAACCUGAUUGGCAUUUUUGGAAGACACACCAAGAAGAUCACCUUUGUCACCAAUGGACUGGUCAACAACCUCUACUCCUAUGGAACUGAGAUUGCGGCUAUGUGCAGCGGAGUCACCACCUACAUGGCUACCGAAGUUCACAGCCCCCAGGUGAAUCUGGGAUCAUGCAUUACCCUGGAUGUCCUGAGAGUUGUCGAGCUGCAGUACUGCAAUUUCUUGAACCAAAUGGGCGGAUCCUGA